UACUCACGUCAAGUAGUUCCUUACAUUGCAAGUUAUCUCAUUGAUUCAUCAUAGAGAAUGAUGGCAAAACCAGGCCAUAGUGACUAAAAGCAACAGUUGCUUCUUUCAGUCUUUGACAGCUGCAAGAGCAACUCUUUUUUUCCACACCAUCCACCCUAAAUUCCGACCUGUAAGAGCAUGUACCUAUAUUUAGCUAGCAAGAUUAAAUUGCAAAGCCUUCAGGCUGGGCAAAGCACAUUGAUCUGCCUUUUUUACAGACAGACCUUUGUGCAGACAACAGCUAACGCUUUCUGCACCCCCCCCUUUCCAAGAUUUUAGGAAAAUGGAUUCUCAGAGGGAACUCACUGAAGAACUCAGACUUUACCAAUCCACCCUUCUUCAGGAUGGCCUCAAGGAACUCCUGGAAGAGAAAAAGUUUAUAGAUUGCUCGCUGAAAGCUGGUGACCGAAGUCUGCCUUGCCACAGAUUGAUUCUGUCGGCUUGUAGCCCUUAUUUUCGUGAGUACUUCUUAUCUGAGCAAAAUGAAGAGAAAAAGAAGGAGGUAGUUUUAGAUAACGUUGACCCCAAUGUCCUGGAUAUGAUAGUCAAAUACCUUUAUUCUGCAAGUAUUGAUCUUAAUGAUUCUAACGUGCAAGAUAUUUUUGCUUUGGCCAGUCGUUUCCAGAUCCCGUCUGUGUUCACUGUGUGUGUCUCCUACCUUCAGAAGAGGCUUGCUGUGGGUAACUGUCUGGCCAUCCUUCGAUUAGGGCUUCUGCUUGACUGUCCAAGACUUGCAUUUUCUGCCCGUGAUUUCGUCUCAGACCAUUUUGUGCAGAUUUGCAAAGAAGAAGACUUCAUGCAGCUUGCCCCCCAUGAACUUAUCUCAAUUAUUACACCUGACAGCUUAAAUGUAGAAAAAGAAGAACUGGUAUUUGAAGCAGUAAUGAGAUGGGUCCGGACAGACAAGGAGAACAGAGUAAAGAGCCUGGGAGAAGUUUUUGACUGCAUCCGGUUUCGUCUUAUGCCAGAAAAAUAUUUCAAAGAUCAUGUUGAGAAGGAUGAUAUAAUUAAAAGCAACUCAGAACUUCAGAAAAAAAUAAAGAUAAUCAAGGAUGCUUAUGCUGGAAAACUGCCUGACCCUAGCAAAAAUACAGAAAAAUCAAACAAGGGGGAAGUAAAUGGUGAUGUAGGAGAUGAAGAUUUACUCCCUGGGUACUUAAAUGACCUUCCUCGGCAUGGCAUGUUUGUCAAAGACCUAAUUCUUCUUGUUAAUGACACUGCUGCGGUAGCUUAUGAUCCUCUUGAAAAUGAAUGCUACCUCGCAGCCCUGGCAGAGCAGAUUCCCAGAAAUCAUUCCAGCAUAGUCACCAAACAAAAUCAGGUCUACAUUGUUGGAGGACUGUAUGUGGAAGAAGAGAACAAGGAUCAGCCUUUCCAGUCAUACUUCUUCCAGCUGGACAGCAUUGCUGGUGAGUGGCUUGCCCUUCCUCCGCUGCCAUCAGCCAGGUGUCUCUUUGGGCUGGGAGAAUCAGACAACAAAAUCUACGUAAUCGCAGGCAAGGACCUUCGCACUGAGGAGUCUCUAGAUUCAGUACUGUGCUAUGACCCUGUAGCAAUAAAAUGGGGUGAGGCCAAAAAGCUUCCCAUCAAAGUAUAUGGCCAUUCUACUAUCUCAAAUAAUGGAUUAAUAUAUUCUCUUGGAGGAAAAACCGAUGACAAGAAAUGUACUAACAGAGUAUUUGUGUACAAUUCAAAGAAAGGAGACUGGAGAGAUCUGGCUCCCAUGAAAGUGGCUCGCUCAAUGUUUGGGAUAGCUAUCCAUAAGGGCAAGAUUGUGAUUGCAGGUGGUGUCACGGAAGAAGGCCUCACUGCAGCUGUUGAAGCUUUUGAUCUGACUACCAAUAAGUGGGAGCUUAUGCCUGAAUUUCCCCAAGAGAGAAGUUCUAUCAGUUUAGUCACCUUAAGUGGAUCUUUAUAUGCUAUUGGAGGUUUUGCAAUGAUUCAGCUUGAAACUAAAGAAUUUGCCCCCAGUGAAGUCACUGACAUAUGGAAGUAUGACGACGAGAAGAAGGAAUGGAGCGGCAUAUUGAAAGAGAUCCGAUACGCCACCGGAGCCUCCUGCCUCGCAACACGCUUAAAUCUAUUCAAGCUAUCAAAACUGUAAAUAAAAUGCUGGAAAAAUAUGAUAUGGUGAGGGAGUUUUGAUAGACUCUUCUGUUUUUUAUGCAUGAAAAUAUCCCCAAAUUGUACAGGGUUUUGUAGGGGUGUAC